CGUUCGCGCCGUAGAGGAAUCAGUUGAGCACGCGAACACGCAGCGAAGAUCAAAACCGCAGGACCCACGGCUCGCCCGCCAUGCGUUCGAGCAAAUGCCGCCCCGUCCCCCGCUCCGCUCGCCUCCGAGCGGCGGCCCUUACACCACCGCGCCGCCGUCGCCGCCGCGCGCGGCCGAGCAGCACUGCCUGCGCCUCCUGGAGCGCGCCACGACGCCGGCGUCGCUCCUCCAGCCCCUCGCAUUCCUCCUCAAGCACGGUCUCCACUCCAACCCGCUGGUCCUCACCAGGCUCUUCUCGGCCGCGGGCUCCGCCGCGCCCGCGCUCCUCGAGCCCCUCGUCGCGGCGCUCCUCCGCCCGGGCCUCCCGCUCGACGCCUUCCUCCUCAACACCCUCAUCCGCGCGCACGUCGCGUCCCCGCUCCCCUCCGCGCGCCGCCGCGCCGCGGCCUUCUUCCCGCUCAUGCUCCGCCGCGGCGUCGCCCCCAACAAGUUCACCUUCCCGUUCCUCCUCAAGUCCUGCGCCGCGAUGCCGGGGUCCCCGGCCGCCGGUCUCCAGGCCCACGCCGCCGCCCUCAAGUUCGGCUUCGCCGCCGACCACUACGUCUCCAACACGCUCAUACACAUGUACUCCUGCUUCGGGGCCGGGUUCCUCGGGGACGCGCGGAACGUGUUCGACAGAACGCCCAAGGACAGCGCUGUCACCUGGAGCGCGAUGAUCGGCGGGUACGUGCGUGGGGGGCUGUCGAGUGAUGCUGUCAUGCUGUUCCGGGAGAUGCAGGCCAGCGGAGUGUGGCCGGAUGAGGUGACAGUCCUCGGGGUCCUUUCGGCCGCCGCUGAUUUGGGUGCACUCGAGCUCACGCGGUGGGUUGAGCGGUUUGUGGCGAGGGAGGGAAUUGGGAGGUCUGUGACGCUCUGCAAUGCGCUGAUCGACACGCUCGCCAAGUGCGGGGAUGUCGAUGGGGCAGUGGCUGUGUUCGAGGGGAUGGAGGAGCGGACUGUUGUGUCAUGGACGUCGGUGAUUGAUGCACUUGCAAUGGAGGGCCGUGGGAAAGAGGCUGUGGCUGUGUUCGAAGAAAUGAAGGCUGUUGGCGUGCCACCUGAUGAUGUCGCAUUCAUCGGGGUGCUCACUGCAUGUAGCCAUGCUGGAAUGGUUGAUGAAGGCCGUGGCUACUUUGACUCAAUGAAGACAGAGCAUGGUAUUGAGCCUAAGAUCGAGCAUUAUGGUUGUAUGGUCGACAUGUUUGGCCGUGCCGGCAUGGUUGAGCAAGGGUUGGACUUUGUUCGCGCGAUGCCCAUGAAACCAAACCCAAUAAUUUGGCGGACUCUGGUUGCUGCUUGUCGUGCUCAUGGCCGGCUCGAGCUCGGUGAAAGCAUUAGCAGGGACCUUCUUAAAGAGUACCCUGCUCAUGAGGCCAACUACGUCAUGCUCUCCAACGUAUUUGCAUUGACGCAGAGAUGGAAGGAGAAGUCAGAGAUUAGAAGAGAGAUGAGCAAGAGAGGUAUUACAAAGGUGCCAGGCUGCAGCCUUGUUGAACUUGAUGGAGAGGUCCAUGAGUUCAUAGCAGGAGAUGAGUCGCAUCCGCAGUACAAGGAGAUAUACAGGAUGGUUGAGGAGAUGUCAAGAGAGCUAAGACGCAUUGGGCAUAUUGCAGCCACAUCAGAGGUCCUCCUUGACCUUGAUGAGGAGGACAAGGAGGGUGCGCUUCAGUGGCACAGUGAGAAGCUGGCAAUUGCAUUCGUGCUCCUGAGGACUCCUCCUGGAACACAGGUCCGGGUGGUAAAAAACCUACGGGUAUGCUCCGAUUGUCAUGCGGCAAUUAAGUGCAUAUCACAAGUUUAUAACCGGGAGAUCAUAGUACGUGAUAGGAGCCGUUUCCAUCGCUUUAAGGAUGGUUCCUGCUCCUGCAAGGAUUUCUGGUGAUUGGAUUUGUGUUUCACCAGGUUAUCCUUUUUCUGAGGUGCAGUGAAGAGUGGAUUGAACUUCAACAGCACGUGCAGGUGAUCGUGAACUGAUGAUGUAUUUUCGAGGAGCUUCUGCAAGUCCUUGAGGUCUGCCAAUUUAUAUGUAACACAAAGCUUUCAGUGGCCAAAAACUGAUGUUUACUGAAGAUUACUGGAAGCAGCAUUAAAACAUAUAAUAUUCAGAUA